AAACCGUCCAAAGUAGACGGUCCUCGGCUCGACGAUGGAUGGAUGGAAGGAGGAAGCGAAGCAGCUCCGAGGGCGCUCAGACGAGAAUGUGCUUCGAUUUACGGACUCGUGCAUUUGAUUCCUCGUCCCUCGCUCGCCAUCGACGAUUGUGACGCACUGCUGUGGAUUGAGGCUUCAUUUUCGUGCUGGUCUGCGCGCUCGUUUACUCGCAGCUUUGCGAAGGAGGAGCAGAUGGAAGAAUUUUCCAGAUUUCUCGUUUUUUCCUCCUCUCAGAGCGGUUCUUGGCCAGCUGCUGGGUUUGAAUACUGCCGAGGGAGCGUGUAGCUUUAGUGCUCUGUGCUGAGUUCGGAGCACGCGCAGGUCGCAGAUGAUGGUGUAACGAUUUUCGUUGAGUGAGUAUGAUUCGUCCUGGACGAGGACCUGAAGCCAUGUUGAGGAGAAUUUUAUAGCAUGGAAUGAGCAGAGGGAGAAGCUGCUCACGUAAACUUCUUUCGCCGGCGUGGGAGUGCGUGGGAGGAGUUGAGAAAUUGCGGGAGUAAGUGGUUGAGAGGGAAUUGUCAGCCCGUCCAUUAUGGUUGGAUGGAAGUAUUCUCAGCCUGCACUGCUGAGAGUUUUUUCGAGACUGCAGUCAACUUUGAACGUUCCGGCAUCGCUUUCGCCUACAUUAAUCUUGCAGUUGCCCAUUCCACGACACUUUCAUGGCGCUGCUCUGUUGGAAGGAAUCCCCAAGGGCAUGUUGCCUCUGGAUGCCUACAAUGAGCUUGUGAAGGCUGGUUCCAUCAGACAUGAUCUAGGACAGGUUGCAGCUCUGCAGGCAUUAGAACGCUUGCAUAUGGACCUCGAAAACUAUUCGUCCCCUUCGAUCAAUCUGGUUUCGAAAAUGCUCUCGUAUGUCAGUAUAAAACCUCGAAGGCAGGCUCCGAGAGGGGUUUAUAUUCAUGGAGGGGUGGGUACAGGAAAAUCGCUGGUGGCAGACAUAUUUUACCACUGCAGUCCAGUUGAGCACAAACAACGUGUACCUUUCCAUCAGUUUAUGCUGGAUGUGCACAAGAGGUUGCACCAGAAAAGGUUGAGGGGAGAUUCUGGGGAUAACAGAGAUAUUAUCAAAGAUGUUGCUGAGGAUGUGCUCAAAGGAGGAUGGUUGCUUUGUUUUGACGAGUUCCAAGUUAUAGAUAUAGCUGACGCGAUGAUACUAAGAAGGUUGCUAAAGAGUUGUUUUCAAGCCGGGGCAGUCAUGGUUGCUUCGUCAAAUUGCUCCCCAAAUGAGCUCUAUAAGAACGGUUUGCAAAGGGAUCCUUUUCUUCCAUGCAUUGAGAUGAUAAAAGAAAAUUGUCAUGUUCACAUGUUCCGGCCAAGUGCUCCAGAUUAUCGCCUGAUUGGUGCUCGCCCUGACGGGAGAUAGACCGAUGGGACCAACUGUCAUUACGGAAGGCUCCCGUA